AUUAAUUUGUCAUUUCUAUCCACUCUAUUUCUGCGUCACUUCCUCCUCUACGUACCCGUGUGCGUGCCUGACGGACAUCGCGAGACCGAUACACCACAGAAAUCUCGCAGUGAUGGCUGCGCCGCCCGAUGCGGAGAGUUUGGAGUCUCGUAUCAACAGAGCCACAAACCCACUUAACAGAGACACAGACUGGAACAGCAUCCAUGCCUUCUGUGACCAGCUCAACAAUGAUUUGGAGGGACCUCAGCUGGCCACCAGGCUUCUGGCUCACAAGAUCCAGUCUCCACAGGAGUGGGAGGCCAUGCAGGCCCUGUUGGUUCUGGAGACGUGUAUGAAAAACUGCGGGAAAAGAUUUCACAGCGAAGUGGGCAAAUUCCGUUUCCUCAAUGAACUCAUCAAAGUGGUUUCUCCAAAGUACCUGGGCUCACGGUCACCAGAGCCAGUAAAAAAGAAGGUUUUGGAGUUGAUCUAUAGCUGGACUUUGGGUUUACCUGAUGAGGCCAAGAUCUCAGAUGCCUAUCAGAUGCUAAAGAAACAAGGUAUCAUUAAACAAGACCCUGAGCUGCCACCUGACAAACUACUGAACCUUCCUCCACCCAGACCCAAGAAUGCCAUUUUUGAGGAUGCGGAGAAGUCAAAAAUGUUGUCUCGCCUGUUGAAUAGUUCCCACCCAGAGGACCUUAAAGCCGCCAACAAACUCAUCAAGGAAAUGGUCCAAGAGGAUCAGAAGCGAGCAGAGAAGGUGUCAAAGCGGGUGAACGCCAUUCAGGAGGUAAAGGAGAGCGUCACUCUCCUGACUCAGCUUCUGCAGGACUAUGACAGCACUGCAACCAAUCAGAGCAACACUGAACUCAUACAGGACCUGUACCAACGCUGUGAGAAAAUGAGACCCACACUGUUCAGACUGGCAAGUGAUACGGAGGACAAUGACGAGGCCCUGGCGGAGAUCCUGCAGGCGAACGACAGCCUGACUCAAGUGAUCAACCUGUACAAACAGCAGGUGAAGGGGGAGAUGGUGAAUGGCAACAACACAUUAAACACACAGAAACAAACAGGAGGGGGGACUGCACUGUUAGAUCUGUCAGGAUUGGACACAUCGCCACAGUCGCCUCCAUCCUUCCCAGAGUUUCCCACUCCAACAGACAGCCUCAACGCUCCCUCACAAGAGAUGGGGAUCAGCCUUCUCGACGAUGAGCUCAUGUCACUCGGUUUAAGUGAAGGAACACACACCUCCAAUCCUCCUUCACAGCCUGAGGAUUCGACAGCCUGGGACUCUUUUCAGUCCUCUGACAGCAUAGACGCAGACAUCCCAGCAGCACCCAGUCUCCUCCUGAGUCCGGACCCUCCCGCCCACUCUCAGCCCCUUUCAUCUGGCUCCACCCCUGGGAACUCGGCCCUGGACGAGCUGGACCUGCUGGGCAAGACGCUGCUGCAGCAGUCCCUGCCUCCAGAGGGCCUGCAGGUCAAAUGGGACAAGCAACAGUCCAAACCAACUCUGAGAGAUCUCCAGAGCAAGUCUGGGUCCAACGUUGCCCCAAACCCCAUUCCAUCCUUCUCCACUGAACCUGUCCUCAACUCUCAGCCCGGCCUUGGAGUGACAUUGCUGGAUAUGUCCCCAGCUCACACUGACACUCCCUCUCCAGAAGUCACCCUGACUGAUGUUUUUGUACCGCUAGAAUCCAUUAAGCCCAGUAGUCUGUUACCCAUGACUGUUUUUGAUGGACACAGUUUGCGGGUUCUCUUUCACUUCGCUCGCGAUUCACCUCCGUGUCGUCCCGAUGUGUUGGUGGUAAUCAUCUCCAUGCUGUCGUCGGCCCCUGUCCCCGUCACCAACAUAAACUUCCAGAUCACGGCUCCAAAGUCCAUGGCAGUGAAGCUGCAGCCCCCAUCAGGAACAGAGCUCCCAGCUUUCAACCCCAUCCUCCCUCCUGCUGCUGUCACACAGAUCCUGCUGCUGGCAAACCCAAACAAAGAGAAAGUACAGCUGCAGUACAGAUUGACCUUCGCCAUGGGAGAGCAGGAGCACAAUGAGAGUGGCAGUCUAGAACAGCUUCCUCCUCCGGAGACAUGGGGGAACCUAUAGCAUUUAAACACAACCACGACAUAACAGACUCUCUGCUUUCAGUCUCAGCUUUCUUCCUAAACCAAGUGUCCAACUCGACACUCUGCAUAAGCCUGUUUUCCUUUUUGUAAUCACAUUGUACUUUCUUUGAUUGGCAUUGGAUUGUUUUCCUUGAAUUCUGCUCAUGCUCUGUCAGUGUAACGUGUGUACGCUUUGCUUUAAAUGAGUCAUGUGUGUUUAGGUUUAGUCUGCUGUAUGUGGCUGCUUUACAACAAAUUUUCGACUGCUUCCCCUAAGUUGUUGCGGUCAUUAUCUUCUGUUCAAACAGACAGUGCUAAUGAAGAAAGAAAACCACAUCAAAUGUAUGCAUAAGCUCAUUUGGUGUACUCAUAUUUUUUUUUCCCUUUCAAGGCGCUGAAGUCAGUUUUAAUCCAUUAUCUGCUGCAUUUACCUUCACCUCUGCAUGCUCUGCAAAGUGGGACUUGAUGCUUGUAAGAUCAAGCACACCAGUAGAGAAAGGACUUAAACACUACAUAGACACAGCUCAUCUUAGUUUGCAAAACACAGCUAUACAUAAUCAACUUUUUGUGGUGUCUAGUUUGUGAUGAGUGAUUAUGACUUCUUUCGCAACAACUGCGUCCACUUUCUGAUUUGCCUAAAGAAUGGUCUUUGGAUGGUACCGUUUUUCCUCUUUUUCCCAUCCUGUGUAAAGAGCAACAUUUUACUGUAACAUCAGAGUUGUGUAUCUGCCAUAUGUGCCUAUUUUGCAGUUCUGACACUUAAAUUCUAUUAGUUGGGAUGGAUUUGUUCUUCCUGUCCCCUACACGUCAGUCUAAUUAGGUCUGCAGUUUGGCUGAUAUGCAGACAAACUACAUUAUAACCUUAAAUUUCUAAUAUAUUCAUUUUCAGUAGGGUAUAAGUUAAGUCCUGAAAAUCCUUUUCUCUAGCUUGUUUUAAGUUAAUACUUCAGCAUUUAUCAGGAAAAUCUGAAUAUCAAACUUGAGCAAAUGCAAACUGAGCUGCAACCAGCUACUCUGAGUGCAGCGUCUGUUUCAAACAUGUUCAACUUGUUUCUACAAUCUGCAAUGCAUGUUAGCCAUGCUGAACACCUCCUCCUCCCCGCAGGCUCUCAAUCACAUUCCACUGCACUAAUCUCCAUACAACUGCUCUGUAAAUACCAACGAUGGCAGUUCUGUUAUGUACAUUUGAUUUGUGCAAUGUGCAAGAGCAUAACACUGGUAAAAUACUCCUAAUGGGUAAUAAAGUUUUUUUUCUUGGUGACUUAAA